GUCCCUCUGACUGACUGACUGACACUUCACUCCAAGCCGUAGUGUGUGUGUGUAAAAUGCCUUGUCUUUAAUGGUACAGACGGUAGUGGAGAGGGAGAUGACGAGUGACGCUCCGAUCAAAUGGACCAACCAAUUAAGGGAAAAUUGAAGCCUGCCACGUGUUGCUACUGAAAAAUCACCUAUGGGCCGCUGCGUUGGCAGCAAAGGCCUAUGCCUUUCUUGCAAAAGGCGCAUCUUCCAAAGAAAAAAAAAAAAGCUACUGAAAAAUUAUAUGACCAAGGUUGGCAAGAACUCAAGUACUGACGUACAGAGUAAUUAAGCAACAGAGAAUCACAUCCACAUUAUAAACAAGAAGAUGAUCUAACAUAUCACCAUCCCCACCACUACCACAACCUUCACCCCUCCACUUACAUGCCCCUCCGCCCAGUUACUCCGCCCCCAUGCUGCGCCACCGGAAGAAGGCCAUCCAGACUGUGAAGAGCCUGGAUGCCUUCCCUAAGACUUCCGAGGAAUGCAUAGAGAAGACCACAACAGGAGGCACUUUUUCUGUGCUGAGUCUGGCAGUAAUCCUGUGGCUGAUGGUGAUGGAAAUGGUGUACUACCUGGAGACAUCCUUCACCUACACCUUCAUCCCAGACACCGAGUUCUCCGAGAAGCUCAAGAUCAAUGUUGACAUCACCGUUGCCAUGCCCUGCCGAUACGUGGGUGCCGAUGUGCUGGACAUGACGGGGCAGCAAGUGAUGACCUUUGGCGCUCUGGAAAUGGAGGACACCUGGUGGGAGCUGGACCCUGACCAGCGCAUCCACUUUGACGGCAUGCAGCAGGUCAACAGUUACUUCAGGGAGCAGUUCCACUCCAUCCACCAGCUGCUGUGGAGGAGUGGAUACAUCAACAUCUUUGGAGACUUCCCAAAGAGACGGGUGAUGCCCAACAAGGAGAAGGAUGCCUGCCAGGUUAUGGGCACACUGGAGAUCAACAAAGUGGCUGGAAACUUCCACAUAACAGCAGGGAAGACAAUUCCUCUUCCCCGCGGCCACGCUCAUCUGGCAGUGUUUAUGGAUGACAAGGACUACAACUUCACACACCGCAUCAACAAGCUGUCCUUUGGUGACCCAGCACCUGGCAUCGUGCACCCACUGGAAGGCGAUGAGGAGCUGACGGAGAAGAACCUCAUGUCCUACCAGUACUUCAUCACAGUGGUGCCUACCUACGUGAGCACCUAUAGCUACCGUGGCUCAACAUUCCAGUACUCUGUGUCGGAGCAGUCCAGAGAGAUCGCCCAUGACAAGAAUUCACACGGCACACCAGGGAUCUUCUUCAAGUAUGAUGUGUCUGCCCUGAGAGUCAAUGUUCAUGAGAGACACGAGCCGCUGCUGGCCUUUCUGAUGCGCUUGUGUGGCAUCAUUGGUGGCGUCAUGACCUGUUCAGGGUUGAUGAGCAGCAUAGUGAGCUUGGCGGUGGACUGCUUCACCUGCCGAUUCUUUCAAAGGCAUACGGACAAGACAGAGACAGUGACAACCUCUCAGAAAACCACAACUCUCCUCCUGGCCACAGAACUUGUACAAACAGAGACCCAGCCACUCCUCACCUCCACCACCAUUACCUCCAACAUGGUCUUUGUGUCGGAUGCCCCCCAGAGCUCUACUCCAGAGUCAUGACACAGCACGCCUCGCUCUGUGUCGUUUUCCUUCUCUCAGAUUUCGUUAUUCAGAAUGUUUUAAUAGAGUAAUAUUUAAAUCUACCUUUUUUUACCGUUUUUUUGUAUUUAUUUGUAUGUUCGUAUGUGAAUAAGUGUGUGUAGUAGUGAUGGGGUGAUGGGAUGAAGAGGUUUGGUACCAUGCUUGAGGGACAAAUGGUGUGUAAUGUAGUAAUGGUUAGAAGUGGAGUGAUUUGUUCUUGUUUCCAUUAGUUUUGAGUAUAAAGACAUAAGAGAAUAAGGGAGGCUGCAAAAAGACAUCAGACCUAUACAUGGCAGUCCCUUUAUGAAACGUACCUGCCUACUUCUAUGGCAUCUUGUCUAAUCUUUCAAAGCUCCCUAGUGACUUGCCACUAAGAACCUGAUUACUGAAUUCAUUCCAUUCAUCGAUCACUCUAUUUGUGUACCAAUUUCUUCCUAUCUCUUUUUUUAAUCUAAUGUUUUAACUGCUAACUUCUAAAUAACCUUACACAACUUGAUUACUGAAAGGAUACAAGAUUGAAAACUCUUAAGAUCAAGUGAAGACUCAAAAACAAUAGAAACAAGUGCAGCAAGUCAAUUUGCUCCUAACUAUUACUGCACACUUGACAAGAGUAGAGUGCAAGGAAUCUCAGUCUUGAUAGACAGUAAACCUUCCACACGUUGGUGCAAGAUUUCCACUCCAGUACAGCUCGACUCACUGCCUUACCUUGCCGCCACACAGGGAUAACCUCAGAAGUCAGGUAGCAUGCCACACUCACUCCCUUCCUCUUGGCUUAGUUUUCCCUGUCUCAGUUCCUCUGUUCUGCUUGAAUCCAUCAAUUGUCAGGUUUUGUAAGACUGUAGCAGGUUAGACAAGAUGGAGGGAAAAUAUAAAACCAAGAGGAAUUGAGUGUAGAAUGUUACUUAUGAUCUUGACUACUGUUGUACAUCAUGUUAUGCUGGUGAAAUUGGCUUAUGACUAUUAUCUCUUACAAAGAGUUAGAAGCAAAAACAGUCAGAUAUCAUGACUUUAUUCUUUAAAAAAUGCAAAGAAUUGAAAAAAAAAAUGCAUACGUAAAAAUGCAGGAAAAUGCAUCUAAUCAAUUGUCUUUUACCCUAUUGGUCACAAAAUAUGUAUAAUGUACUAGUCGAUGGUGUGCCAAAUUAGUCACUGUAUGCAAAAUGAACAUCUUUUUUUUGGUUUGGUAGCAAUUGAUCAUAAGUCAAACACAUCAUAUGCUGAAUACCCCACAAUACCUUGUUCAUGAUGUAUGGCAUGUGUGUAUUGAUUGAAUGAUUGAUAAGUUGAUGGUUUGAGAUACACAGUUUAUCGCAUGUGUGGUCAGAUAAUCACUCACGUUUCACUCACCACCAACCGUUCAGGGAGAGACAGCACAACUUUGAGAAAUCUAAUCCUGUAUUAAAAGAGGACCAAGUUAUCUCUCGUCACAGUAGAAGUCAUGUGAUCUUUGUUAUGUAGCUUGGGGGGAGGUUUUUCUCUGAUAAAUCUGAUCAGAUUUAUGUAUUUUAAUAAUAUUCAGUUCUUUAUCCACAGACUGUGGGGUUUGAGGUAUUUUUCAACCCCACUACAGGUUUUACGAUUGAUUGGAAUUGAUAAUGCAGAUUUGGUGUUUUUAUCAGUGUCGUAUAAAGAAAUUUCAAUUAAAGAGAUGAUAGAUUAAA